AUGAGAAAGGAAGAAAAGGCUAAGGAGGGCGGCAAAACGUCUGGUGCAGCAGAUGCAGAAGUUGCACUGAAUGGUGAAGUACUUAAUAGGGCGCUUAGGGAUGUCUCGCGCACCGUGGACGGAAGUGGCUAUGCAUUCACUAGACUGAUUUGCUGUGGAAAGGGAGUAACCAGUUUACCAGAUGCUCUGCAACACUACGUGCACCUCAGAUAUAUUGAUAUAUCAGGUAACAAAAUAAGCAAUCUUACUGCGUUCUCAAGACUGCCGAAUCUUCUUUCCCUGAAUGCAGCAGAGAACAAUAUUGAAGAUGUGUCGUGUCUAGCGAGCCCAGGGGCGCUCCCAUACCUGUCGCUUCUUAACCUUAGUAACAACAGGAUAAGUAAAGCCCCUACCCUGCCACUUCAGCGGCUCACGCGUCUAUCACUCGAUGCAAACCCCAUAACCACUUUAACGGGGUUUGUGUAUCCCCCCUCACUUACUCAUUUAAGCCUUAGAGGAACACCCUUAGAGAGUUUAGACUGCUUACCGCUUUCAGACACCCUAACUUCACUAUAUCUGUCGCAUACGCGGAUACAGCAGCUGCUUCCACUGGAAAAGUUCCCCCAAAUUAAAACCCUGGACCUCGAAGGUUGCGCUCUUCCUUCUGAGCAACUAAAGGUUCUCGUUUCUCUCCCUAUGCUUAAAGAAGUGUGCCUUUCCCCUCUGGGCACCAGUGCUGGAGACGACCAGUUUAGGUCUGAAAUAUUAAAGGUCCUUCCACGUCUUCAAUGGAUUAAUGGCCGGGAGGUUACCUCUGAUGAGCUAACGGCAGCAACGACGCCAUGCGAAACGAAUGUGCAGGAGGAAAUGGGACUGGAUCAGCCCCUCUCCGCAGCACGAGUCCUUAAAUCAGUGGUCAACCCAGUACCGGCGGCUUCCUACUGCUAG